UCCACCACAGUUGCUGAACAGCGCAGAGCCAAAGAACAAGACUCAGAUUUCCGACCGUGAGGAAUUGAAGCUUAUGCACCUUAAAACAACUACCUAAACCUGCUUCAGCAAUUUUUGUUAGGGAGAAGUUUCUUAAGAGAAGUUGAAUAUGGGUGAAACGAUGGAGAAGCAACCAUCACAGUGGUGGUGGCUUGAUAAUCACAACACUACUAAUCGAUCCCCAUGGCUUCAAUCCACAAUCUCUGAGCUAAAUGAGAAGACAAGGGCAAUGCUAAAGUUAAUUGAAGAAGAUGCAGAUUCCUUUGCCAAACGUGCAGAGAUGUAUUACAAGAAGCGACCAGAACUUGUGAGCAUGGUCGAGGAUUUCUACAGAACACACCGCUCCCUAGCUGAGCGCUAUGAUCAAGUCAAACCUGAUACCACUGGAAUUGGACACCUCGUUACUGGGGGAUCACCGUUUGCUUCAGCCAAGUAUCAGAUACAGAAGUUGAUGUGUUUUUCAGAUAGUGGAUACGACACAUAUUCUGAGCGUUGUGAUGUGUACGAGGAGUACGAGGAGUCCGAGGAAUCUGAAGUAGAUGAUCCCGAAGAGGAGGAGGAGGGGACCGAGUUUGUUCACAGCUGCACAAAAAAGGAGAAAGCUUCACCAGUGGCUGUGAGUGAUGAAUUGAUGAAGAUGAGGGAUGAAGUCAUGAGACUCAAUGAAGAGAACAAUGCUAAUAGGGAUCAAAUCAAUGAUAAGAAUACCAUUUGUGAGGAAGUCAAGAUGUUGAGGGAUGAAGUCAUGAGACUCAAUGAAGAGAACAAUGCUCAUAGGGAUCAAAUCAAUGAUAAGAAUACCAUUUGUGAUGAAGUCAAGAUGUUGAGGGAAGAAAUAGGAAGGCUUAGAGAUGAGAAUGAGGAACAGAAGAAACAACUCAAACAGAAGGAUGAAGAGAAGAUAGAGGUGAUAAGACAGUUGAGUUUAGCAGUAGAUGUGCUGAAGCAGGAGAAUGUGAAGAUGAGAAACUUCAUUGCUAAUGAGUCUGCCAAGAAAUGGAAGAAACCGUUUGAUGAGAUCAACAAACUUGUGGGAGCAUUUUCGCUGAAGUUGUUCAAUGGUGGUCCGAGGAAUCAGCCCAGCGUUGAGCUCUCCACAUGUGGUUUUCAUUGUUUCGCAAAUAACUAACUAAUAAUGUUCAAACAAUCUUAUGGAGGUGUUCAUGUUAGGAACUUAUUAACCAAAAAUUUACAUCUUGGGCCCGUAGUGUGAGUGCUUAGUCAUAUUCAUUAUAUUCUUUUACAUAUGCAGUUUUUCUAUAGCAGUUGUAUUCAUUUCAGUCGUUUCAAAUGUGUAUUUGUAUUCCUUUAUAUAUGAAAUCCAUUCGAAUUCUUGUC